UACACCGCGUCAAGCGAAGGCGAAUAGACGUAACGAUUUCGCGCCAUUCUUCCGACGUGUGACGUGUUAUCCUAAAAACUUAUUUAAAUACAAAACAAAUAUUGCGAUGACUUAAUCGAAGACUCAAUAGAUAUAAAAUGAUUUGUGAACAGUCUAAAACUGAAAUAUCUAUUAGAAAAACUGACUUGCAAAGCUGAUGAUUAAUUAAAAGCUCAAACAAAUUAGAAAAAUGAAUAAAACGGAAACAGCACAAAGACGAAGUAAUGGUACAUCAGAUGGAACCUGCGUCGAAAUGGACGAAAUGCAGAAAAAAGAGGAAGCAGAACAGAAUGGAGAGAUAGUUGACGAGAAGUUGGAGUAUGAGCCGAGCGGGUGGUUCGAGCUGACGCUGAGUAAGGCCGGCAACUCCACUGAGGACUUCCUUAAGAAGAAUAGCUCCGCUAUGAAGACGAUAGCCAUCUUUGUGUUAAAUGGCCUCGUUAUUGGCUUCUUUUUCGGAUGUCUAUAUUACUGGAUGAAUUAUAGCAACAAGCCUUUAGAGCUUUGCCAUGGAUUCGGAAGUUUGAUAGCCUUCCUCAGUAUAGUUUACUUCUUCGUGAUUUACUUCCUCGUGGUGAAGCGGUACAUCGGCGAGUGGUUCGAGAAGACAGUAUGGACAAGAGUCGAGACGACAGCUUAUUGUCUAUGGAAAAUGAUAUGGUUCCGCUGGUGUUUCUCUGUAGGCGUCCUAGCCGCGAUCGGCGUCUUCCUCUACUUUGACACGAGAGACGCACCCGAAAGACUGAUCUCACUACUUGGUCUCUUCGUUCUAUUACUAUUAGGUUUUGUAUUCUCUGCUCACCCCGGGCGCAUAAAAUGGCGCACGGUGAGCAUGGGCCUGCUAAUACAGUUCAUAUUCGGCCUGAUCUUCAUCAGAUGGGACGCCGGCCGGCUCGCCCUGCAGUGCUUCUCCGAUAAGGUGGCCACUUUCCUGUCUUACGGUGUAGAAGGUGCGGCGUUCGUGUUCGGCGAUUUUCUAGUCAGAACUGAAGGUGUCUUUGCUUUUAGUACGUUGCCGGUGAUCUUUUUCUUCAGCAUGCUGGUGGAGGUGCUGUUCUUCUGGGGUGCGUUGCAGUGGUUCUGUCUGAAGCUGGGCCACGUGCUGCGCUCUCUCACCUCCACCACAGUCUGCGAGAGCGUCAUCGCCGUCGCUAACGUCUUCCUCGGACAGUCGGAAUCGGUGUUGAUAAUCAAGCCGUACCUCGCCCUGCUCACCCCCUCCGAGUUACACGUCGUUAUGUCUUCAGGCUUUGCAACGGUAUCAGGUACGAUCCUGGCAGCGUACAUAGCAUUCGGUGCAGAACCGGCGCAUCUUGUGACAGCGAGCGUGAUGUCAGCGCCCGCAGCGCUCUGCUACGCCAAGCUCAUGAUGCCGGAGACGCGCCGCUCGCGCACCGCCGUACACAACCUGCAGCCCGUUCAAAUUGAGGACCAAUCAGCACUAUCAGCUGCGACGCGUGGAGCGACCAACGGCAUAUCGCUCAUUAUGAAUAUCAUCGCUAACUUGGUGGCCUUCGUGGCGGUGAUCGCCUUCCUCAACGGCGUGCUCGGCUACUGCGGCGGUCUUCUCGGCAACCCGGAUAUCAACCUCGAGUGGAUCUUCGGCAAGAUCUUUAUACCGCUCUGCUGGCUCAUGGGCGUGCCGUGGGAGGAAUGCGAGCACGUUGGCACACUGGUGGGUCUCAAGACGGUGGUCAACGAGUUCGUCGCCUACCAGCGCAUGGGCGAGAUGAAGAACCAGGGAUUACUUUCGUCUCGUGGUGAACUGAUCGCAACAUACGCGCUGUGCGGCUUCACCAACCCGGCGUCGGCGGGCAUCAUGAUCGGCGCCAUCUCCGCCAUGGCGCCUGCGCAACGAGAAACUCUCUCCAGUGUGGCAGUGCGAGCGUUUUUCAGUGGUUGCGGAAUCUGUUUUAUGACGGCUUGCAUAGCAGGUCUGCUGAUGCCGGAAGGAUCUUUCGGUUAAAACAAAAUAACUAACGACUGCACUUAAAAUUAGGUUACUAGUUGAGUAAUUGUAUUGUAA